GUCAUCACCACCAGUACUGCGGACUGUCUGACUGAGCUGGACGUCUUCUGUGAGACAGAGCGGUGAAAUAAAACCCAACAAAUCUGACAGUUCGGCGGCUUUUUUCCAGCAGGCAGCUCGGUCCGGCCUCUUCGGGGCUAAAACACAAAGGAAUCCUGGAAGCAGCCGGAGAACCGCGGAUAUCCACGCGGCAAGGAUGCUUCAUGACCCGCGGCAGGUGUGAGGAGAUGGCGGCGGAGCCUCCGGCGGCGCCCGGCCGGGUGGUGCUGGUCAAGAAGAUCAUCAUGAAGGACGGCGCGGCGCCCCAGCAGGGCAUCGGCCGGCCCAGCGUCUAUCACGCAGUGGUGGUCAUUUUCCUGGAGUUCUUCGCCUGGGGCUUGCUGACCACGCCGAUGCUCACCGUUUUGCAUGAAACAUUUCCUCAGCACACGUUCCUGAUGAACGGACUCAUCCAGGGUGUGAAGGGCUUGCUGUCGUUCAUGUCUGCUCCUCUGAUCGGAGCGCUGUCAGACGUUUGGGGACGAAGGUCGUUCCUCCUCAUCACGGUCUUCUUCACCUGCGCUCCCAUCCCCCUGAUGAGGCUCAGCCCCUGGUGGUACUUCGCCAUGAUCUCCAUGUCCGGCGCUUUCUCCGUCACCUUCUCAGUCAUCUUCGCCUACGUCGCCGAUGUGACGGACGAACGGGAGCGCAGCACCGCCUACGGCCUGGUCUCCGCCACGUUCGCCGCCAGCCUGGUGACGAGCCCCGCCAUCGGCGCCUACCUGUCGGCCUGGUACGGCGACAACCUGGUGGUGCUGCUCGCCACGCUCAUCUCGCUGGCCGACAUCUGCUUCAUCCUGCUGGCCGUCCCCGAGUCGCUGCCGGACAAGAUGAGGCUGAACACGUGGGGGACGCCCUUCUCCUGGGAGCAGGCCGACCCGUUCGCUUCUCUGAGGAAGGUGGGUCAGGACCCCACCGUCCUGCUGAUCUGCAUCACCGUCUUCCUGUCUUACCUGCCGGAGGCCGGACAGUAUUCCAGCUUCUUCCUCUACCUGAGACAGGUCCAGAACUUCUCCUCCACCACCAUCGCGGUUUUCAUCGGGGUGGUGGGCAUCCUGUCCAUCGUGGCGCAGACUCUCUUCCUCACGCUGCUGAUGAGAUAUCUGGGGAACAAGAACACGGUUCUGCUGGGUCUGGGUUUCCAGAUCCUUCAACUGGCCUGGUACGGCUUUGGAUCAGAGCCAUGGAUGAUGUGGGCGGCCGGCGCUGUGGCAGCCAUGUCCUCCAUCACCUUCCCUGCAGUCUCCGCUCUGGUGUCGCAGUCGGCUGAUUCUGACAAACAAGGAGUCGUCCAGGGGAUGAUCACCGGCAUCAGAGGGCUCUGUAACGGCCUGGGUCCCGCUCUCUACGGAUUCAUCUUCUUCCUCUUCAACGUGGAGUUCAACACCAUGGAUCCCAUUCAGGAGGAGUACAGCAUCGACCCGCUGCCUCUGCACGGCCCCACAGAGCAGACGCUCAUUCCCGGCCCGCCCUUCCUGCUGGGGGCGUGCAGCGUGGUGAUCGCCUUCCUCGUCGCCCUCUUCAUCCCAGAAAAAACCUCCUGCUCCUCCUCCUCCUCCUCCGAGCUCUCGCUCAGCGACAAGCCCCACCCGGACAACAAGGAGGCCAUGUCCUCGCUGGCCGGCGUCCACAUCAACACGCCGCUCCCGGGCAGCGACGAGGAGACCCCGCCCUCCGCCAGCGGCGAGGACUCCGAGCCGCUGCUGCACGACAGCGUCGUCUGAAGGAGGCGGCGAGCGCGCCGGCCGCCGAAACGUUGUCGUUGUUUCCGUUAGCCAACAAGGCGAGACUGAGUGUACUUUUCUCGUCAGAAGUUUUUGCCUCUUUGCCGCACGGCGGGAUGAACUUUGUGCUUCAGUGAUCCAGAGGAAGCAUCGUCCCGACCAAUCAGGAUCCAUCCUUAAUGAGCGAGUUGAAUGCGACGCCCUGAUUGGAGGGAGGAGGAUUUGACUGACGGAGGCAGGAUGGAGGAGACGAGCGCGUCUGUGUGGAAGGAUGCAGAUCCUGUGAUGUUUGAGGCUUUUUUUUUACCUUUAGAUCAUUUUGAACCUGUUUUUAAUUCACAAGUCAACCGUAAAGGCAGCCAAAACAUCCGUGUUUAUUUAUACUGUUUUAUUUUAUUUUGGAAGUUUAAUAUAUAUAUUUUUUUGGUUUUAUUCUGGAUCCGUCGGCGUGUUUCAGUUUUUAAAACCAGCUCAAACCGGAGAAAUUACCCUUUUUUUUUUUUUUUAAACCAAAGCAAAACUACAGAUAAUUAGAAGGAAUCCUUAAAUUACAGUGAAAAGUAAAACUAGGGGCCCUAAAGA